UAGACUGGUUUCCGAGACUGACACUCUACAAGCUUAUAUACAGUGUGAACACGGGGGGUACCAGUCUGACAAAAUGGAAGAAAAUAAAUCUGAAAACGAAGAAUUACGCAAACAAAUUCAAUAUUUGACAGAGGUCAUUGAAACUGCAAAGUCGAGAGGGCAGCAUAGUGAGCAGAAGCAGCCACGGUCAUAUCACAGAUUACCUGCUAAAUACACUCAUCAUGGGAAUGUUUCCAGAUCAUUUAAACCAUCAUUUCAUAAAGGUGCUUCCUAUCCAGGAUAUGCUGACUGGAAUACUCGCACCAGAAAAACAACAAACACAUACACUGCUGACACUUCACAGUACUUGGAUCCUCCACGUUCUAAUUUCGGGUCAAGACAACCAGCAUUGCAGUACAAUACAAAAUAUAGCAAGGCAAAACCUCAGUUGUUAACUAGAGAAGGUGAGAAUGAUAAACCAGCUGCUACUGAAUGUUCAUCAUUAAAUAAACAAUCUUGCCUUCCAAAACAGUCUAUAAAUAGCAAGGAAAUGUGUGAAAAAACUAAGUUUAAACAGUCAGUGUCUUCAGAAUUGACGCACCAUAGUUCUAAAGCUGCUGCUAUUUCGGUGACAAAUCCUUCAAGAAAAAGUACUGUAACAGAUACUAAUUCUUCUGAAAAACCUGUCAGUUUAGAAAAUAUAAAACAAACAAAACUAAAAUCAAAGCCUACUGUAUUAAAUACAAGUGAAGGACAAAUGAAAUCUUCUUUAAAUUCAGGAAAUUUGACAAAAAUGCACAAAGAAUCAAAUUCCUAUUUGCUUAAAGACAAGAUUGAGAAAAUGCGCAGUAAAAUCAUAGAAUUGAAGAAAACACUGUCAGAAAGACAAUCCAUGUCAGAUCUUCACCAUCAGGAGAAACACACACACGGUCCUGCUAAGUGUAGUAGUGAAAUUGAGAAAUCUGAAAGUAAGAUAUGCGAUUCACCACCGAAAAGAACAGCUUUAGAAAAUAAAAGGAGUGACUUGUCGUCCCUUGAGAAAAAUGUUACCCAUAAAACUGACAGUUCUAUUACAAAAUUUGGCAGCCCUGUAAAACAACAAAUAUAUUCACCACAAAAAUCUGAGAGUCCUUCAAAGUAUGUUUACAGCAAAGGUGCAAGUCUUCAAACAGAACAGAACAGACCUUCAGAGAAAUUGUAUGUUCAAAGUGUUAAUGUUCCAGAAGUUAGAGCUGCUGUAAGUACCAUGAAUCCUGAUCUCAAACAACCACAGAGUGAUCUGGUAUCACUGUCAAAAUAUAAGUUGACAAGAGUUUCAUCGUCACCGACGAAACAUUCUCCAGGAAAGGCAGGAGAGUCAUUGAUGGAUUCCAUUUCUACAAGUUUAAACGAAGUUGGGAAAUUAAGCUUCAACACAGAACAACUUAAUUCAUCUGUUAAGAAUAGGUCUGCCAAUCUGGUACCAGGUGCUACAAAGAGGAGGCUGAGUACUAGCACUCCAGCAAAAUUUAUUAAAAAGUCGAAGUAUUCUAUAACUAGGUUAAGGACUUCAGGAAAGAAAGGAUCAUCAAAAAAGAAACUUGUGAGAAGUCAGUCAUAUACACCUGCUAAAUUUAUAAGCUUUUCUAAAUAUGCCAUAAAAAGGGUGAGGAGAUCUUUGUCUGAUGAAAAUAAGCAGGGAUUGCAGAAAAAUGCAAGUUUGUAUAAGGCAAGUGAAAGAUGUAAAAAAGGCCAGCCAUGCUCAGAUUCAGUACAAUCAUCCGUCCGUGUAGUGAGGUCAAAGUUCAAGAUGGAAAAGGUGCAUUCAGAUACUAGUGAAAAGAGUCAUUUCCUGUCAUCUCGAGGUAGUGAGUCUUACAAGUUUCAAAGAAGAAACCUGUACAAUCAUGGAAGAUACCAAAGUUUUAGACAAAGAUAUCAAGACAGAUCAUAUUGGAGCACAGGAUAUGGUUUCAGCAGCUACUUGUCAAUGAGAAGAGGGAGAUACAGAGGUAGAUAUAAAGGAAGAGGAAUGGGAAAACAUUUCCAGCAUGAGACAUACAACAGAAGACUGGCAGUCAGUCAGAAAUACCUUCAGAGAAGACUGCAGAGAUUGAAGGAAACUUUUCCAUUUAAUCCCAGGCAUAGAUUGGACAGAAGAACAGUUGUCAGUGAUUUGAAGAAACCUGUCAAUUUCAUUAUGAUAAAUGGAAUGCUGUACAAGUCAAAUGCUAAGAGUUUGAUGAAAGCAAGUACACAAAAAACAUGUGUGACACGGACUUCAACUGAAGUUCAUGGGCCCAAAAAAAAAAAAUUAGAUGCUACUAAUAUGAAGACAGUCACUGUGAGAGGAGUUAAAUUCAAGGUAGACAGUCAUGGGAGAAGUCUGAAAAGAGUACACCAACCAGGUCCUAAACAAGGUAAACCGGACGCUACUUCAUCUUCCAAAGCCAGCCAAAUUUCCCGCAUUGACAUUGGUGGUGUAACAUACAUGCAAACAAAACCUGGAACUUUAGAGAGAGUUGGUUCAGUGAAGUCAAGACUUGCUGCCACGCGUGUAGUGAAUAAAACAGUUCAGCGAGCAGCAGCCAAGUACAAAAAGGACAACACAAAAAUCAUGAAAAAGAAGAAAUACUGCAUGUUCUAUAAUAGAUUUGGUAAAUGUAAUAGGAAAGGCAGCUGUACCUACAUACAUGAUCCAGACAAGGUGGCUGUCUGUACUAGAUUUUUGCGAGGAACUUGUAAAGUGAAGGACUGUCCUUUUUCUCAUAAAGUAUCCAAGGACAAGAUGCCAGUGUGCUCGUACUACCUGAAGGGUGUGUGUAAUAGAGAUGAUUGCCCUUACCUACAUGUCAAUGUGAACAGAGAUGCUGAAAUAUGCCAAGAGUUUGUCAAGGGUUACUGUCCACUUGGAGAAAAAUGCAAGAAGAAACAUAUUCUGAAAUGUCCAGAAUUUACAAAAACUGGUUCCUGUUCCAAAGGUGAGAAAUGUAAUCUUCAACACAGGAGGAGAAAAAGGAAGUCACAGUUGUCAGAACAGUCUACUUCAGAAAACAGUAAAAAGCCAAAAUUGUUUGAGCAACCUAUUUCUCCAGCAUCAGUUAUUGUUCCAGUAGAGGCAAGACUCUCUGCUUCCAGUAGUGUAACCGGCAAUACACAGCUAGACAAAAAUACUGUAAAUUACGAGAAUGACCCUGAGGUGCCAUUUAAAGAGAGAAAACUUCCAGCAUAUAUUUCAUUGAAAACUAACACCAACAAAAUAAAAGAAGAUACAGUUGUUGUACUGGAAGAUACUCCAUAUUUGACUGUAAAGCCUGUGAUGAAGAUACGUCCACAGUUAUGAAUGGGCCAGGUAAGUAUUUACUUCGGGUAAUGGAAUGAGGUAGUGACACUUUGCUAUUUCUGUUUGCAAGACUGUUGAAUAGCUGAGCAUUGCUGUCCUCCGACAGCUCUUGUUAUAUUGAUUAUUCAAUCUUUUCCCAGUUUAUUGUAAAAAAAAUUACCUAUCAGUAUUGUUCAGAAAUGUCUGAAUGAUUAUUUAGUUGUAAAACAAGUGCUUAGUCUAGGUCCAAAACAAGGAUAGGAAUAAUUAGUACCUGAAUAAGGUGAAGUUUAUUGUGAAGAUAUUUCUUCUUAGUACCUCUUAACCUUGUACUGGGAAUGUUUGAUUAGCAGUUAGUUCACAUUCAGGAUAAGCUGUUAGUACAGUUCACGACUCCAUUAUCCAUAAUGAAUUGUCUUGUCUCUGAUUUACUUUCAGCAGCUUCAUUUAAUGGACUGUUAAGAAGCAGCUUCUCUCUUGUUUUUUUUCCAAUGGUUUAUCUAGAUCGCAUCUAAUGUCUGCCAGAGCUAAUGACAGAAAAUGUAUCAACUACUUCUUAUGAAGCCUUUGACCGUCACCAAACUUGCUCGAGACAUUCAUGGACCUUUUUGUACAAACUUGCUCGAGACAUUCAUGGACCUUUUAUACAAAAGAUCCAUGAAUGUCUCGAGCAAGUUUGGUGACUGUCAGAUGAGUCACUGACUUUGAGAGUGUUAACUUUCGUAUUUCAGUAAUUCUCUUAAAUGUUUCUGAAUUGUUUUGCUGAUAAAUUUUGUAUGUUGUACAACCUGUCAGUAGUAUUGUGAAUGUGUUAUUCAUUAUUGUAUAUAAGUCUUUGUGAAAGAUUUCAGAGAUAAAAAAAACAUCCUUAUACAUUUAAUUAUUGGUUUAAAAAGUAGCUGAAAUUAAAUUAAACCAAAAAAAAAAUUGAAUAUUUUAAGCAAAAGUUAUGAAAAUCAAACCAUUGUGUUUGAAUAUUGUAGGAGCUAAUCUUUAGCAUUAAUCCCUCAUCCCUUGUCCUAUACCCCAAAAAAAAAUGUGCCGGACAAGAGCUUCUAAAUAUAGACCCUGCUUUAUUUUAGUGUUUCAAAACUUUAACAGACAUCUUUUUUACCGUCUUUUUGUAUGAAACGGUCGGCAUUAAGUGAAGCCAUUUUAUAAUGAAAUAUAAAUUUUUUAUUGUUAUUAUUUUUCAUGUGAGAAUGUGCAUUAUUUGGAGAAAUGCAAGACUUAGUUUUGGUUUACCAAUUUAAAAUCAUAAAUUAUAUAAAUUUUUGGUGUAAAUGUAGAAUAAACUAAAGUCAUUGUAAAAUUCUUGAAGAGAAUGUUACAGUGUCAUGUUAUAUUAUAUUAGAUUGUUACUUUAUGAUUGACAAGAUCUGUGUCAUUAAAUGUUAUAUUGUUAAAUAAAAUAAAAUGUUUAUUUUAAAUA